AUGCUGUACUUCUGGGACGACCGUGACGGGGCGGACUUCUCCGGCUGGUACUUCGGCAUGGAGGUAGGCGGUGACCAGGUCUGGGCGCACCACGCGGACAGGCUCUGCUCAGCGCCCCCGGCCACGGGCUGGAAGGUACCCUUCGGCGGGCCGGGCGACCCCACGCUCACCGUGACGGCCGCCCCCGACACCUCGUCGCCCGCGCCGCAGCAGGUGGUGCAGGAGAUACAGCAGUACAUGGGCCUGCAGCAGACGCAGCCGCAGCACGUGGCUGCGGCCGUCGCGCAGCCCGUGAGCGCCGCCGCCGUGCAGCCCGUGCAGCAGCUCGUCCAGGUCAUGGACCCGGCAACUCAGCUCGCCCAGCAGCAGGCGCAGAUGAUGCAGCUUCAGCAGCAGCAGCUGCUGCAGUACCAGCAGGUCGCCCUGCAUCAGCAGCAACUCGCGCAGCAACAACAGUUCAUGCAGAUGGCUGCGCUGCAGCAGCAGGCAGCCCAGUUGGCCGAGAGGAGGAGGCAGGACGAGCUCAGAAGGGCCCGAGAGCUGGAGAUGGCCAAAAAGAGGGCGGUCGACAAAGCUACAAUGGCCAUCAUGAGUGCGGUCAACAAGCUCCGGACUGCUUCAGUUGAGAAUUUUGAGGCUCUAUGCCAGGAGUUGGACGAAGUGUUGGAGAAAGAGUUGCAGAAUACAGGGGCCCAGAAGGAGCGCAUCGCGGCCCAGGCCGAGGGCGGGAAGGCGCAGGCCCAGCGGAUGGUGGAGCUGAUCCGACAGCGUCGCCAGCAGCACGAGGACAUGGUGGCCGCGGAGGAGAAGAGGCGCAGGGACAUGGACGAGCGCGCGCAGACAUUGCUGGAAGAGCUGGGGAAGCUGCUGGCCGACACCCAAUCCCAGAGCAGGCAGCUUGUCGAGCUAGUUGGCCCCCUGGAGUCAUCAUCCCAGCCCGAGGGCGGCGGCCUCACGAGCGAGCAGGUUCAGGCCACUGCGCGCGCUGUCGAGCUCUUCGCCAAGGAGACAGAGAAGCUGUCAAGGGCAUGCGCGCUCUUCAAGCAGCAGAAGGCUCCGGAGCUGGCGAAUUUGGAGAGAUCUUUGGCCAUGCCGCCCAGGUUCCCCAACCUCAAGGAGCUGGUCACGAAACCAGCCGACAUCGGCCCCAAGGUGAGAAGUUUGAUUCAGGAGGCCGAGGAGCUGGAACGGGCGGCCGGGGCCGCGGUGGAGACGUCCGCGGCGGCAGGCGAGGCUGCUGGUCGGCGCAUCAGGGCGCGGCUCGCGACGGACGGGUUGCGGGCGAGCUUCGAGAGGUACGACCACGACGGCGACAAGAUGCUGUCGGCGAGCGAGGUGCGAUCUUACGCGAAGGGCGAGUUCGACUUCGUGGUGCCACAGGACGCCUUGGACUCUAUAUGGAAGAACCUCGUGCCCGAGGAUCCGACAG